AUGUAUGCCCCUGCGCCGCCACGCAACAAGAAGACAGACAUCACACGCAGUAGAAGUGGCUGCGCUCGAUGCCGCCAGAAACGAAGAAAGUGUGAUGAGGGCAAGCCGAGCUGCAGGCGUUGUGUAUCAGCUAUGGCCGACUGUGAGUAUGGGGCCAUCACAUUGAAGUUUAGAGAAGCGACGCGCUGGGCAGCGCAAAAGGUUGAACUUGGAAAGGCCAUGUCAUCAGCUAUGACAACAAAAACUACGCCUUCGCCACCGCACACCUUGACAGAGAUGGUUCAAGAACACAGGGCGUCCAUUUCAGACGAAAGCAGAGUCUCGCCUGUUUAUCAGCAGGUGUCACCGCCUCGAGACAUCGAAGCAUUCUAUCGAGAUGCACCGCCUGCUUCGUUCUUGGCCGACCAGAACGAUUGUAACCAGAGCUCAGUUGGGGUCCCCGAACUGGGCGCCGAGGCUGAUCCCUCGCCCGUCUCUAUCGCUGCUGUAGAUCCCCCUACGGUCAGUGAGGGUUCCAUGUCCGGAUCUUUGCUGCACUCUUUUUACUCCCCAAAGUGGAGUGGUGUCCCCCUGGGUCAGCUUGGCUUUGAUCUUGCAUCAACCACACCAGGUGCCGACGAUGCUUUAUACCCCAAUCUCCUUGAUUUCCAUGAUAGCCUGGUAGAUACGGGAUUGGAAGAACCUUACUGGAACGACAUUAUGAUGCACAACCCAGUUGGAGACUCGCCAGCAUCACCACUUCAACAACAGUCAACUGAUGCUGAUGUCCGUGGGAAUUGUGAAAUUGAUCCAACAUGUCAGCCUUUGAUAGUUGACCAUCCACAACAACUACCUGACCAGCAACAAUCAUCUCCGUCAGCUGAACGGAAUUACCAAACAUCAAAAGCGAACACAAGCCACGGAAACCGUUUUCUAACUGUCCAGCUGCCAUGGCCAAAAGCUCAGAAGCCGCCCCCUGGAUCAAAGAUCUCUGUGGGCCACAGAAUCUACCUCGCCCAUUUCAAGGUUGCCGUAUUACAGGCUUUCCCCCUCGAGCUACCAUUCUUGUGGGACAUGGUCAUCAAGUCGGAACCCGUCCGUUACGCCGCGUUAUCACUUUCCGCGGCAAAUCUCGCCAACUUACAGGGCCAGCAGCCAGACGACAACGAAUCCGCCUGGGUUGCUAUGCCAGCCCACUCUGCUAGAGCCUCAGACUUCUCCAAACAGACUGUUGAAGCAUUGGAAAGCGGGACAGCCGCAUCUUUGGAUGCUCGGCUUGUAACGAUGAUUCUAGUCGUCUUUUAUGAGCUUGAAGCUAGCUCUUUCAGCAGUGCAUUCCACUCCCUUUCGAUACUGAAUGUCAUGAUCCUCAGCUGCCCCGAGGAUGUCUUACGGUCAACGAACGGCCGCAUCAUCAUUCAGUGGUGGCUCCACCUUCGCACUUUCAUAGCCCAUGCACAGGGUCCAUAUAGCCUCUACGGACCCGAGGAUCCAACCGAGUCAUUGAUCAACCAGUUGGAGGUGAGGGUCGCCGGAGCUCCGCAGAUGAUCGACUUGAUUACGACCAAGGCCACUCGAAUCUGGCAUCGCGUCCUAGUGGCCAAGUGCUUCGAGGCGCCAGGAGACAGGCCAGUUAACACUAUGAGAAAGGUGGAUGACUGGUGGAGGAUCUUGAAGGGGAACCACUUGUGUGAACCUGCACGAGAUGACCAAAGCCGGAUUUUGGGCGAAGAUGAGCUGUGUGAGGAAUUGGACAAGUUGCAAAGGACCUUGGAUGCUUGCGAUGCCCCAAGCGGCUUCCAGUCAAGCAUGCUCGAAGAAGGUCCAGCCUCUCGAGAAAUCAUGCCCCUCCAUUUCCCCAACCACCGCCACGCCAUAGAAGUGGCGGAUUUUGCGUUUGCUCACAUCGUUUGCAGCCAAGGGCGUCUUCGUGCUCUGGUGGAACGCUCAAAAGACCUGCCACGCCAGUUCCCAGACACGACUUUGGCUAUGACGACUACCAUGGACCCAUGGGUUUGCCUCUUAUUACGCACAGUCGCUGGCCUUGAUGUCUCCAAGUGCGCAAGAGAAAACACAUAUAGGAGAGGAAUUGUGAGCUCCCUCUUAUAUACUGGACUUUUCUAUCCUGGCCAGGUCUCGUCAAAGUUCAUCACCGACACCGUCAAACGAAUGAUUGAGGCUCGGAUGGAGUUUGAAAACCCCUUCUACCCUCUCCGUGCAUUUCUAGACUUUCAAAAGUCAUUGCAGCACCAAAUGGCGGGUGGUAGGACCGUAUUCUUUGCUUGUUCAACGCACGAUGAAUGGACAACUAGAGAGACCCUGCUAUCUGGACGGGAAGAAGAGUAUUUAAUGAUUCUUGGUUGCGAACCGGACGGUCGAUACUUUAAUGAUUUGGUCCCUUUGACCCAGACAUAG